GUGGGAGGAAAUUUUAAAACUCCUCGCGCCAUCGUUGAAUCAGUCUGGCAUUUUUUAUUCACUCGCUAUGGCUUCUGUGAGACUUUGACCGAGCUUGGAAUAUCAGUGCUUACCUGAGAUGGAAUCACUUAAGGAGAAAUUAGGAGGUUUUCGUCUUCGAAGUGAUUCGUGCACUUUUGUCCUAGAGUCUGAAUUUCGUGUCAGUUACCUGGGAUUCUGUAUGAAUACACGAGAAGGAGUCGAAGGAAUCCGGGCUGCUGUGGAAGAAAUUAAGAAAACUGCAAGCCAUGAGUGUUGCAGAAAUACAACUCAAACGAACUGCAUCAAAAUUAGCACAAAAGGACUUUGUUUGAUGGAGCGAAAACGAGAGAAAGAUAUUCUAUUGACAUUUAUUCCUCUGAGGAAUAUUUCCUAUGGCUUUAUCAAUGAAAAAGACAGCAAUGUUUUUGCCUUUAAUCAUCAUGUCUCGAAGAACCAUGUUGAAUGUCAUGCAGUAGUGUGCGAAAGUGCGCUGAAGGCACGGGAAAUUAACGAGGCGCUUUAUGCGUCGUUUAGAACAGACCAUUUCGAGACUCUUCGCAAGGGAAGGGAAAAAAUGAGAGAAUGUUUACAAUCAGAUGCGAUGCAUGAACUCAAAGACCGAAAACCAAACAUGAACUAACUACGAGUACAAGGCUGGUCUUUUGCGAAAUUAAUUCAGAAGACAUUUUAUCUAUUUUUAAACUGCUUAGAUGUUUUAUUUCUAAACAAAGUACACACCGUCAGUUAACACAUUGUUAUAAAAUCAAGCGACGGAAAACAAGUUUUUUAAUUGUUCUGAAACAACAUUAAACACAGGAUAUUUCGUGUAUUAUUUGCAGUUUUUGUAGUUUAAGUUAUAUUUUGGCGGAAGACAGUCCCUGACUGAUAAUUUUGCACCAGAUAAGCAAUUAAAAACCGCUUUUAGACAAUUCAUUAUUGUAAGAAUAUGUCUGAUUCAAUAAGGACGGCCAAAUGAUGCGUG